CGAACUUAACUGUUGUGCGAAUGAAAGCGUCAAAUCAAUCUGUCAUUCGUCGACGGCGAAUCGGCCGCAUUAGCGGACUUGUUUCGAGCUAUUUUACAACUAGCUUUUAAAUUUUAAUGUGUACAAUAAUGCAGUGAAAAACACGCUUGGUGUAGUAAAAAUAAUUGAAAGAAAAGUGACCGACAAUAAGAUGCCUUUUGUAAACAUCAAAAAGCAAUAUUUAGCAAUGGGGUUAUUAAUUUUCGUUAUGUUGUUUUUAUUUAAUACUAGGCCAGUAUUUCAAUGUCAGUUUAAUGCAGAAGUGAGUUCAUAUCUCCCAGUGAUAUACGGGAUUACUCCAACAUACCCGAGGCUUGCACAAAAGGCGGAUCUUACAAGGUUAUCGCAAACCUUGAUGCAUAUAAAGAACCUUCAUUGGGUGGUGAUUGAAGACUCUGCAGAGAAGACGAAAUUAGUUGCAAACUUGCUCAAAGAAUCAAAUCUAAAGUACACACACCUGAAUAUCAAAACACACAAAACAAAACAUUCAACGCCCACACCCAUACAGAAAGUAAGAGGAACCAAAGGGGUCCUAGCCAGUGGUGUGGAACAAAGGAAUCUGGCUCUGGAUUGGCUGAAGGGCCAUUUGCAGAAGGCCGAGGAUCAAAGAGGCGUUGUCUACUUUAUGGACGAUGACAACACGUAUUCGCUUAAAGUUUUUGAUGAGAUGCGAAAAGUGAAGAGAGUUGGUGUAUGGCCUGUCGGCAUAGUUGGUGGUAUGAGGGUCGAGAUGCCUCUAGUCACUGACGGGAAAGUAAGCGGUUUCAACGCCUGGUGGAAGCCAUUCCGACCAUUCCCCAUUGACAUGGCAGGGUUUGCCAUCAAUGCUACCUUGUUCCUUGAACAUCCUGAGGCCAAAUUCUCCAGAAAAGUCCAAUCAGGCUUUCAGGAAAGUGAAAUAUUAAAAUACUUCACGACGAGAGACGAAUUGGAGCCGUUGGCUGAGAACUGUACCAAAGUUUAUGUGUGGCAUACACGAACCCAAAAACCUUCGAUAGUAAACCCGCAGAAACUGAAACGCCCUCUCGUCUCUUACGACCAUAUCGAAGUGUGAGUCCAAUCAGUAUUUCAUUGGUCUUUUCAUACACAAGGAGAAAUCUCCUGGAAGAACAAAACCCUACCAUAUAACAGGGGGUUUAAGUUCACUUUAAAGUGUUACUCUAUACAAGCUAUUACUUGAAUACUCAAUUGGUGUAUACUCAGAUCAAAAAAAAUUAUAUAUCGUAUAAACUACUUUUUGUAGAUUUCGUCUCGAUUUUAUGUGUAUAAGGAACAAAUUCAUAUGCUCUUCAUUUCUAACUCCGAAAUGCCACUAAAUUAUUUUUUUAAGUAUUUUGCUCUGUUAAUGAGAAUUUUUAUAGUGGUAUUUAUGACUCAUGCUUACUUGCUAAAUAUGAUAUAAAUUGUGAAAUGUUGACAGAAUAAAUAGAUCUUAACUUGGGCCUGCAAAAGAAUAAUUUUGCGAUGUCGUAAAUUUAAAUAAAAAUGUACCUACACAACCAGUAAAUACUACCAAUAGAGUCGCUAGACACGGGCUCAAGUUCCACUUAUGUUAUAUAUUUUUCAAAAGUUGUAUCAUAUUUAUUAUAUAAUAUUAUUAUUAUAUUAUGAUAGCCUGCAUCAUGUAAAUGAUACAUAUACACAAUAAUACACACAUUUAAUUUAAGCAAUAAUGACUGGUAUGUUGUAAAUAACGCAUGACGUAUCGUGUAAACAAAUAAUUCAAUUAUUGCUCUUAUAUUUUCAAGAAAAUAGAAUCAUGCAAAUGAACCUUAAAGAGUGAAUUAAUUACUUUUUCAGUGAUUUUGAGAAGAGUUGUUUUAUCAUAAUUUAUAUAUUUUAGUAAAGCUAGUUAAUUUUAUUUCCUACCAAGGUUAUUGACGUUAUGUAGCUCUGAAUCAUAUAUAUUAUAGGAAAUAUAUAAAAAAGUUUAAUUUAAAAUGGCAUAGUCCUUAAUGUAGGGAAGUAAUUUAUACUUGAUAUGAUAAAUACAAUUAGGUUUUAUGUCAGUUUUGUUUAUUUUGCUGAGAUGAUAUUAAGAUUUUCAUUUACACAUUUCAAAUCAAAGAGUAACAGAAGACAACAAGGUGGUAACCAUUUUAACAGAUCCAGCAUAAACAGGGGACUUGCGUGGCUGAUUUACCACCAUCACGGAGUACUCUUACAUUAAGUUUUAAUACUGUAUUUGACACCUAGUCAAGGCCAGUAUUUUUAAGAAACAAUUUCCUGUAAUAUCGUAUUUUUAUGAUUCUCUUCAAUAGUUUUUAUGAGAUAUAGACUUGUGUCAUAAUUUUUAA